AUGAUACGCCUUCUGUUCCAUGCAGUAGUGUUGCUGUUUCUCUUUUGUACUUUCACUUGCCUUGCCGCUAUACACAGCCGCUGCAGUUUUGAUGAUAUUAUGAGGACAGGCGGUAAUCCUGUCUCUGUGGUGCGGGAGCUGCCCAGCAAGGGACAAGGUGCGUGGGAAGUGUAUACAGCAGCCACAAGUGAAAGCUGGAAACCAAUCCGCAUUAUUGCGUCAAGGGAAGAUCUGGAGGACAGUACAAAGUACUGUACCGCUGAUGGAGAGGAACGUGUGGAUUAUUCCAGUGGACUAGCGCUGCAAUGUGCAAGUUUUGAUAUUCUCACUACUGCAAAGAAGAAUUUGAUUAUUCAACAACUCCUUCCUGUGGCUAUUCAGUUACAUGCUGUUCGAUUACUUAUACAUCGGGAAACAAAUUCUUUGGUGGUGCCUGCAUUUACCUCUCCGAUCUGUCUACGUUUCACAGUUCCCGCUUCUCACCACACUACUGGAGUUGCAAAUGCUGAUACAGUGAUCUAUGUGGCUUCAACCCCAACAUCUGCUUUCGAACCUUUGUGGGCUAUUCCCUGUGCUCAAGUAGGUAAUCGAUUUGUUGCUGGUGUUAUGAAUAUUGGUCCACUUUCUAUUGAUGGUACUCGAAUUUCCAGUCGCCAUGUUGCACAUGAGAUUGCCCAUAUUCUGGGAUUUGAAUAUACAAUGAUGCACUCCCUUGGCAUGACGACAAAUGUAUCGGGUAUUCGUGGUAAGACGAAUGAUGUCGUUGUUGUAUCAUCUGCAAAGACAAAGGCGAUAACGCAGACUUAUUAUGAAUGUUCUUCCCUUGUUGGCAUGGAACUUGAAGAUGAAGUUGUAGGAGGUGUUGAAUCACAUUGGAAGCGACGCAACGCAAAAGAUGAGUUAAUGACUGCACCUUUUUCUGAUGGUGCUAUGCUUUACACAGCUAUUACAAUGUCAACAUUUGAAGAUAUGGGUGUAUAUAAAGCUAAUUGGGGGAUGGAAGAAUCAAUGUUUUGGGGUAACAAAUCGGGUUGUGACCUUCUUAAUAACAAGUGUAUGGAUAAUAAUAUUACCAAUUACCCUGAUAUGUUUUGUAACACGACUUCUUCUACUGGUUGCAUAUCUGGUCGAAACGGUGUUGGGGCAUGUGCAAUUGAUUCAGAGUAUGAUGAGGCCCUGCCCGUGCAGUAUCAGUACUUUACAUCUGACAGAACAGGCGGUCCAUCGUACUUGAAGAUGGAUUACUGUCCCGUUAUGACUUUGGCGACUGGUAUUUUGUGUGUGAAUGAAGAAGAGAACGAAGAUGGUGGAUUCCUCUUUGGCCCUGACUCGUGGUGUCUGGAAGGCAGUUCUCUGAUACUAGAAUAUGGAGGAUCUAACGCUCUUGUGGGGGGUGUUUGCGUGGCGGUGAAGUGUCAUGAUGGCCAUGUGAGUGUGCGUUACAGGGGAAGUACAACGUGGAUAGAUUGCCCAAGUGGUGAGACCAUCACUCCAUCAGGAACAGGAUUUGUGAGUGGAAGUAUUGUUUGCCCCAAUUACAAUGAAGUUUGCGUUAUCUCU